GCGUUGGUUGUGUGACGCUCCCGUCGACAGAGAAGCAGCUGAACACCGAGGAGCAGGAGACUAAAACAAACGUGGAGGAUUGUUUAACCCUCGCUUGGAGUUUAUUUUAGGAGCAGAUAAAGAUGGACGUGGUUCUUUAUCUUAUCGCCGCUGUCAUCCUUAUUGUGCUCAUUGCGUUCGUGCUGAAGGUGCGCAGGAAAACACAGGAAGAGGAUGAGGAGCAGCAGCGGGAUGUGGUCCGGCCAGCGGGGCGCCCUCAGCUCGUGGCGGAGGAGCGAGGAGCGGGCAUGCCUCGCAGGAGGAGGAACCUUGCCACGGUGAUGGCCAACAGACGACCACAGAGAGAAGCUGUGGAACAAGAGGAGGAAGAGGUGGAGGGAGAGGAGCCAGAGCAGGAGCAGGAGCAGCAGAACUUCGGGCUGUCAGGAAAGGUUGGAGCCAAGAAGCAGAGGAAGCUGGAGGAGAAACAGGCCAAGAAAGCCCAGAGAGAGGCGGAGGUGGAGGAGAGGGAGGAGAGGAAGAAAAUGCAGGAGCUCAGGGAGCAGGAGCGACGGCAUGAUGACGAGAGGGAACGACGGCUGGAGCAGAAACAGGAGGAGGAGGAGCAACGGGCCAAAGAGGAGCAGGAUCGGCGGGAGGAGGAGGAGUACUUAAAACUCAAAGCCUCCUUCACCGUAGAGGACCAGGGAGAGGAGGAGCAGCUCACUGAGGACCAGUCCCGCAACCUGCUGCAGGAAUUCAUUGAUUACAUCGAGAGCUCUAAGGUCGUCCUGCUGGAGGACCUGGCUUCUCAAUUCGGGAUGAGGACUCAAGAUGCGAUCAGCAGACUGCAGGACCUGUUGGCUGAAGGCUCCCUCACAGGAGUGAUUGACGACAGAGGGAAGUUUAUCUCCAUCACUCCAGAGGAGCUGGACUCUGUGGCUCAGUUCAUCAAACAGAGAGGCAGAGUGUCCAUCACAGAACUGGCUCAGGCCAGCAACUCUCUGAUCAACCUGACGCCUGAGAGCCGCUGCGCCGCCUGACUGCUGCAGGACCACACGGCACAAAAAUCUGGACUCAGAUCAGUGUGAAGAUUUCGUGCGACAAUUUGAGGACAGCGUGUGCUGCUCUGUUCAGCAUCUGGCUUCAGCAUCUGGCUUCUAAUAUUAUCAUCUGCUGGCUUCACAUACUGAAGAGAUGUCAGGCUGCACAUGAACCGGGACUUAUGUUUGAUAAAUUAAAAAAAUAUAUAAACACAUACUGACACACUGUAUGCAGUGUGACAUUAAAAAAAUCAUUUGAAAGCAAA